AGGCUUUGGGGUUUCCCUGAAGCAGAGGAGCCUUACUGCAAGGUGUCAGUCCCCUGAUCAUGGAAAUGGGCAGGGAAAGUCCAGGGUCAAGGAGGGCUAGGAAACGAAUUUCUUCCUUAAACAGGCAGGAUUCCUGCAUGGCUGAUUGAUAGAGGGCAACCCUGUGUCCCUGGCUGUGCUAAGCUUCUGCAAGAAGCCAAGAGAUGGAGCCCCCUGGCAUGACCAUAAUUGAAGGCGUGGGGGAUGAAGUAACCGUGGUGGCUGGCAUGGUGGUUCUUGUCCUGGCUCUGGUUCUGGCAUGGCUUUCCACUUACGUAGCAGAUGGAAGCAGCCAGCUUUUGGGAACUAUUGUAGCUACAGGUGAAUCCUCAGUGAUCCAUCUUGGCCAUGUCGAACGGUAUGUGGGGAGCUCAGUAACGCCAGAACCCGCGGAGCCCCAGGGGUCUGCUGAAAGUGCAGAAGAAAAAGCAGACGAGGAAGAGGGUGCGGCCUCUAACUUGGGCCCUGCAGUUGAGCAGGGGGGCAGUGGUAGCACCUCUGACUCCAGCCUCGACCAUCUGCUGAACAUACAAGGCUUGCCCAAAAGGACAUCAUCCAGUGAGUCCAGUGCCCUUGAACAGCUGGGUCCAGAGAGCCAAGGUCCCCUGCCAUUGUCACGCCUCAGGGAGGAAAGCGAGCCAUGCUCUGGGCUUAUCAAAGUGCGUCUCAAGUUCCUCAAUGAUACAGAAGAGGUGGCCAUGGUGAGACCGGAGGACACUGUGGGUGUUCUCAAGAGCAAAUAUUUUCCAGGACGAGAAAAUCAGAUGAAGUUUAUCUAUCAGGGGCAGCUACUCCAGGACCAGGCACGGACCUUCCGCUCCCUCAAUAUCAUGGACAACUGUGUGAUCCAUUGCCACCACUCUCAGACCACCAGCUUGCCCACGGCAGACUCUGUGGUCACCCCAGGAGAAGCAGGAGGGGUCACAGUGAACUUAGGGAAUCUGAUGCUCCCUGUUUUUGUGGUGAUGCUAGCUGUGAUCUGGUACUGCCGCAUCAACUACCGCCAGUUCUUCACUGCGCCAGCCACUGUCUCCUUGGUCGGGGUGACUGUCUUCUUCAGCUUCCUGGUUUUUGGGAUGUAUGGACGAUAAGAGGCAAAGGUGAAGGGGUAGAUACUCUUGUCUGUCCCUGUCACCAGAACCCAGCCUUUGUUUUAUAGCUUGUUUUAAAUGUGCUGAGACAAAUGGUGUUAGGGAAACUGGCUAAGGGCCCAGAGAAUCCCCUGCCUGCUCAAAUACGAGAACACCUUCUGUAUACAACAGGUGGAAGAUUCACUGGUGCCUCACUUUCCUGUUGCUUAAUGAGACUUUCUUCCUUGGUAGAAGGAGACAGCUUUGCUGGGUGCGCCUGCUGCACUCUAACUGGCCUGUUUCAUUUAUGGCAUGAGAUGAAUCAUCACUCCCAAGACACUGCAGCAACUCCUCAGGUAGAGAUGAGGCAAGGGACAGAAAGUCUCCUUCCUCAUGAACAUCUUUAAAGCAGCCUCAGCUGCAGGAAGGUGGCCUGUAAGAAGAUCUACUCUCUAGCCUGGCAGAACUCUGGUCCGGCCUCUCUUCUGUGGAUGAACGGGCUUGUUAGAAUGCAGCUACUGUAGGUUUGCAUGCUCAGGCUUGCUAUAGGUUAGGCUAAACUCCCAGGAAUGCACUCUGGGGAGGACAGCAUGUUGCCCUUGAUCCUGCAUGGCACCACUUUGCCACUCCUGGAAGAGGUUAGGGGCUGCCUUCCUGGAUUACAUAGAGCUGGCUCAGUCAGCAUGUGAGUGAAGUUUGUGCGCACACUCCCCCAGGAUCUAAGCGCUAGAACUCCCUUUCAGGGAUACUGGGCCCUCUAGCAGGCAUGUUUUGUAUUGUACGAGGUUGGCGCUUAUAGUGCUAAUUCUAAAGCCCAACUAUUCUCACAGGCACAUUGUGUAAAUGGGAGGGAACUACUUUUUAAAAGGACUCUUUUUUGUACAUGGAAGGUUGCACCUUUUGCUGAGCGCUCCCUAGCAGGGGGUAGAUUUGUGCCUACCACAGGAAGUGUUGAGGCAAGUGUUCUUCAUUCUUUACAGCACUUUCUUCCUUGCCCUUGGUUUUGCUGAAUACAUUUGUAAAGACAGGCACCAAUGUGGAUUUUGUGGAGAGAAAAUGAAUACAUGGAAAGUUGCUCCGGGUGGUUAAAGGCUGCUUUGGUUUGCAGGGGAGCAGAAAAGAAUUUGCCUUAAGAGAGCUGAGCUUAUGUUGUGGGUAAGGACAGGGCAGGCUUACUGUAUCCCUUUUCACUGAAGUUGCUAACCAUUAUGGGGUGGAGGCUGAGAUUCCCAAACAAAUGUAGAGCCUUGCUGUGUUUCAGCCCAGUUAAGCCUCUAGGUCUUGUUACUUACCAACUUCCACAGCAGUGGUUGGGCUCUUUCUUCUUCAAGCAAGCAUCCCCUCCUUCCUUGUUAGACAGUGAGCUCGUCAUGCCCCAUGGGAUGAGCAAAGAAAUAGGAUUGUUACAGGCCAGAAGAAAAGCCACAGGCGGUGAGGGGACCACUAUAGGUUGAACAUGUAAUGAAAAGGAAGGCCUGAGAAACAGACCUGUGAACUGGCUGGUUUAGACCUUGUCUACAGAGGGAAAUUGACCAAAAUACCUAGACUAAAGGUAAGCCAUUCUGAAAUAGCUUCCCCUGUGAACACUUCUCAAAUAUUCUUAUUCCAAAAUUACUAUCCUGUGAGUGGAACUACAAUUCUUCUUGGCAGUUUCCCCCAUAGACAAAGGGGGAAGCCUUAAGGGUCAAGUCACCCCACCCAGCCAAUUAAACAAGUACCGAGGCACAUGUAGACAUAGGAAGCAGAAAAAGCUAAGCCAGAAUGAGUGAUUCUAGUAUAACCGGAUUCUGACCAGGGCUUUUACUAACAAACCAAAACCCCACACCCUAACCUGAAGUAGUUCUACUAGCACAAAAAAAAGCACUCUGUUCUUGUGUGACAGUCACAGCGGGGACGUUGGCUUCUACUCUCAAUCACUAGCAGCAAGACAGGUCUCAGUGCAUGACGCAAGGGUACCACUGCAUUCUGGCCCUCCCUUCCAAUCAGUUUCAGUGUGGCAGCUUGCACAUUUCGUUUCCAUUCUUCCUUAUGUAGUUUUAUGAUUAAUGAUAGACCCUUGGGAGGGGGCUGUUAAAAAAAAAGCCACAGUUGCUGUAACUUACUAUUUCCCAUCUCAGAAGGGUGGACAGCUGCACUUUUCUGUAUAACAUCAUUAAAGAAGCUUGGAUACCAAGUCAAGAUGCAUUUUAUUUACAUGGGCAGCCACAAUCUACUAAUGGGAAUACACAGAUCUUACAAAGUUGGAACUACCUGUACAGGAUGAAUUACAUAUGCAAAAAUAAAAAUUUCAAGACCACAGUACAGUACUUACCCCACCUUCCCCACUUGAUCACUGCCUGUGUCGUUCCCCACCCCCCGACAGUUGUGUUGAGGGACACAAAUGAGAAGUCACAGGUGCAGUUUCUCUAUAUCGUUACAAAUUAAAACCCUCCUCACGACCAGUAUCAUGAUAGAAUGCAGGGUUUCAAGUGAAGCAGGCUUACCUUACAAAUAAAAAUGGGAGGGGGAGGAAUACAGAGCCUGUAUUAAAAAAAAAAAAA